UGGAAGAUGGUGCUUACACACACAAGAAUUUGUUAGCUUUAAAAAUCGAAAAGGAACUCCUACACUUUAAUUUUAGAGUUGUUGUUUGUUAAUUGUGCCCCCAAGUACCUUCAAGAUUAGCAAGAUAAUCUAAAAAUUAAAUUAAAAUCAAACAUAUCUGGAGGUUUGAGGGUUAUGUUCAGUAGUGCUACAGAAUGCCACAAUUUUAUUGGUCAGAUAUAUAGACUAACUACAUUUUUGUUCAAAACAAUUGGUCGUCAAUCUUCUCCCAGACAAGAAGAGGUUCCUGGGAAGUUUGAUUUUACUCAUACAGUCUUCAAAUGCAUAAACACACAGACUAACGUGACGUAAAUUCUACUGCCAAAUUUUAAUUGGCCCAUGUUAUGAUCCAAUUAAAUUCUGGCCGUGUCGCUCAUUACUAAAUUACAUUUAAACCGAGCCCAACAAACUUUUUUCUUUAUUUUCAGACCAGAAUAUGUAGAGUAUUAACAAAAUGGGAGAGAGUCUACAUGAUUACAGCACUGGCCUUCCUCUCAACCAUAUGGAGCCUGGCGGCCACGAUAGCUUACUACAAAUCGUCGGCUUUGGAGUGGGCAUUAGCAUACACUGCCACAUUUUGCCUUUAUUAUGUCAUCCACGGGAUCUUAGCAAAGAAGGCAUUCGCGUUAAUUGGUUUCGCCGUCCUAAUUCUCCUCAUUCUGGCAUAUGGCAUCAUAAAUUAUGUCUCCGAUUCGUCUGAUGAUCUAAAACUGGCAUAUCUUAUCUUUGUUUGUGUUCUUGGUCCUGUGUUUAUUGUAGCAACCUUAAGGUUUAGCUACAGAUACUAUUCAAGUGGCAUCAUAAUUCAAUAUAUGGUGGGUGCCAAUGAAUAUCUACAGUCUUUAUGUAAAAUGAUGAUGCUCUGCAAAACUCUCUUGGUGUUCGAUUUUCAUAUGCAGGUCAACUUGGUCCUUCUAAUUGCAGCGAAUGGAUCGGAUGCCGUCCACUCUGAUAAGAUCGUUUUGGCACUCACAUUCAUAUUUAUAGCAAUUGGAAACAGAAGCAUAAUAUAUGAGAAGAAGGUAUUGGUAUUUCUCUUCUUGAUCCUCAGCAUUUCACAACCCGUUUUUACCAUUUACAUAUUUCAUGUGGCGAAACGUCAAUUCGAAGUUCAUCCCGCUCAAUACAUCGCCAUCUAUUUGGCGGGAGGAUUGGGACUGGUGGCUUGGUUUUCUUCUGUAAUUUGCAUAGGCUUUGUCACAAAAAACUUUGGAAAAGGAUUGAAAGAAAAAGGUAAAGUUUAGAAUAAGGAAUUUUUAAAAUCAGUCAAAUCAGUCUUUCGGACCUAAACUUUGGCCAUCUUCAGCAAAUUCCAUUUAUACAAUUAACACAUUUACUGUAAAUAAUUCACCGGGAUGCUUUGUUUAUUGAACUAUUUAGUCUUUAACAGUUAAAUUGCUCAAAUCUGGUAACUGACAGGCUUUUUGGCCAUCUUCGGCUUAAAUCCAAAAUUUUUGUCCUGAUUUUUACUCAUAACAAGCAUCUAACGAUUUUGCAAGAUACCACAGUAUCUCACUACAUGUCAAAUCCGACAUACAUAAACAGACACACACAGUACAAAAAUUUGUUCUACAACUGUUUCAUAUUCCACAGUUAUAUCAUCAACACUAUCUUAAUCUUCUUUAAUUAAACAUAUAAUGACUGUUUAAAUUUAGUGGCUGACAUAUGUGAAGUGGGCAGUGAGAAAGUUCCUGGAACUGUGGUAGAUAACUGUAAUAGUAAGAUUUGAAAACACUUACCUAAAUCAUCUUCAAAAUAGGGGCCUACACACACACUUUCCACCAUCAAUCCUGCCACUGUUGGAAGCACCGUCAGAAGACUUCUUUUGGAAUAUUCAGAAGUUUGGUCGUCGCAUUCUUUGACAUGGAGUGUGUUACUGGUCAUUCUUACAUGCAAGUACAGGUAACCCCCGUAUAACACGGUACUUCUAUAGCACGGAUUUGCUCUAACACGGUUCAAGAAUUGCUACCAUCCCCCGUAUAACACGGUACUUUUAUAACACGGAUUCACUCUGA